AUGGAGUCACGAAAGCGACAACUUUCCGAUGUCGCUUCAGAAGAUUUUGAAACAAAACGAUUAAAAGUAGACGUUAAAGAAAAUGUCAAUGAAUACAGCAACGAUUCGUUCGAUGACUUCUGUUCAACAAUUUUGAAAAACUCCCCCGGAAAACGUAAACCUAUUUAUCCUUUGUUUCUGUCAGUAAGGCAAUAUCGAUUUUCAGAAGACAUUCCGAGACAAAGAAGCCAGAAAAUACAUUUAGAAGAUGUUGAUGAUGACGAUGAUUCGUUUGAUACGCCAGCCACAAGUUCUAAAGUACUCCCCACUCCCAAGAAAUCAACGAUAAAAGACAGUGGUGUUGCUGGAUUUCCGUGCUUAUUCGACGAUGACAACGUAGUCUACCUGACUGUGACAAAAGUCGACAAACGGGAAGAAGGGUGUAUUGACCUGGAAUGUGUCGAUAAACAAAGAAAAACCAGAGUUAUUUAUCUGCAGGAUCAAUGGGCCGAGCUGGACGUUGAAGUUGGAAAUGCAAUCAAUCUGAUUGCGCCCCAAGUUUGGGGUAACGAUGAUUACAUCGUCAAUAAUCAGAAAGGAAUCGUCAUUUUGAAUCCAAAUGCUCUCGUGUCAUGUACUGCCGUUGCUUCAGCUACGUUUUGUGCAAGAAAGACUAUUUUGAACGAGAAAUUCAAAUUUGGUAACGCAUCCAAUAAGGCAAUGCUUUUGGGAAAUAUUGUCCACGAAAUAUUUCAGACAGCUAUCACGAACAAGAAACGACCACUUGUUGACUCUGACCUUCUCAAAAUUUGGACGACACAAGCACCGAAAUAUGCUGAAGAUUUGGUUGCGCUUUCCUUCACUCCCACUUGUUUAGAUGCCGAAUUGCAACCCUAUUUUUCGGUCAUCUGCAACUGGAUCAAUAAACACUAUCCGACUUCUACUGGCUUAUUCACAAAACGAGAGCCGUUGCCAUCAAAAUCCCAAUUGCUAGAAGUGCAUGACAUCGAGGAAAAUAUUUGGGAUUCGAAGCUGGGUCUAAAAGGAAAAGUCGAUGUGACUAUGAGAACGAAAUCGAAAAAAGGAAUGGAGUCUCUUGAGUUGAAAACGGGUAAAAGUAGUCAGUCGAGUGAGCAUGCUGGUCAGGUGCUACUCUACUGCAUGAUGCAGUCAUCACGUUAUGAGCAACCGAUUGGACCUGGAAACAUUCUUUAUUUGAAAGAUGGUAUAUCUCGCUGUGUUAAUCCCCGCGCUCCUGAACUCUCUGGAAUUCUUCAGCAGAGAAACAUGCUUUCUGUUUCCUUCGAAGACCCAACAACCAACAAACUUCCUGCUCCUCGUCAGGAUAGUAGAUUCUGUGGCAAAUGCGAUCAUAAGGUCAUGUGCUCAUUCUAUCAAAAAAAUGAAGAAAAAUUCGUAAAAUCCAAUGACUCUCUGAAAGAUUUUGCUGAGCGAGAGAUGGCUCAUUUGGAACAAUCACAUAUGGAUUACGCAUCAAAUUGGAUUCGCUGGAUAUCUGCUGAGUGGAAGUGCGAACGGGAAAGAGUACAGGUCCAAAAUAAGGAUCUAUGGCUGAAAAGUAUAGAAGAGCGAGUCGAAGAAAAAACUUGCAUCUCGGAUUUACAUUCAAUAUCCGAAGAGAUAUCCAAUUCGCAGAGAGUAAUCAUCACCUUCUCACGGAAGUCUACUGUAACUGAUUCACCUUUCCGGCCUGGCGAUGUUUGUCUUUUAUCCAACAAGAAAAAUGUGGCAAUUGCAUUCACUGUCAUCGAUUUUGUUUCGGAUGAUGUUAUCAAAAUUUCAUCGGACAAAACAGUUAAAUGUCGUUACGAUGCUCCAUUUCACCUCGACAAGUAUACCAGUAUGAGCACUCAUUCGACAACUCUUGGAAAUCUUGUUUAUUUCUUACAGAACGACGAGAUAGGAAUGCGGUUACGAAAUGUGCUUGUCGAUUUGCUCCCACCUGCCAUAGUGGACAUCAAUGGAGCUAAUAUCAGCGCUGCGGUUAAGAAAAUAAUCAUCAAAGCGAAGCUGAAUAAUGAACAGCGGAGAGCAGUUGUUCAUGCAUUAGCUACUGAAGAUUACAUGAUUGUUGAAGGACUUCCUGGAUCUGGAAAAACUACGCUCAUCUCUGUACUCAUUCAGUGCCUGGUAGCUACUAACAAGAAAGUGCUGUUGACUGCAUUCACUCACUCGGCAGUUGAUAAUAUUUUGGGAAAACUAACAAAGGAAGUAUCAAACGAAAAGAUUCUUCGCCUCGGAAGCAGCUCAACGAUCAAGGACGACGUGCGGACGUUGACAUUGAAGUCAAAACUUGAGGGUGAAACAUCUGAAGACUACUACGUGGCAGUGAGACGCGUGAUGAAAACUACGGUAGUAGGUCUUGCCAGCUUUCCUUUUGGAAUUCAGUUGUUUCAGCCAAUCGUAGCUUGCACUUGCCAUCAUGUCCCUCGAGAACUUCUCUUCUCAUAUCGUCAUUUUGACGUUGUUAUAAUUGACGAAGCAUCGAUGGUACUCGAGCCACUUCUGCUUCCAGUUCUUGCCACGAGCAAGAAAUUCGUACUCGUCGGAGAUUGUCAGCAGCUGACGCCUCUCGUAGUCUCAAGAAAAGCAAAACAAGAAGGGGCAAGUAUCUCUACAAUGGAAAAGCUCCAGAAAAACCACCCAACUGCUGUGGUGUCACUGACAUCUCAAUACCGUAUGAACAGAGAGUUAUCAGCUCUCUCCAGUAAACUAUUCUACGAAAAUCGGCUCAUCUGUGGAAACGAAGCGGUAUCUAGAAGCUCUCUUGAUAGAUCUGGAAGCUAUGCGGUUCCAAUAGACCUCGAUGGUAAUUUCUGUUUCGAUCAUAUCCGUAAAGCUCUUUCUGGAGAUAUCGCCGACUCCUGCGUGUUUUUGGAUACCCAAAGUCCCAUAAAUCAUUCGAUGCAAUGUGAAAAUGGAGAAAGCUGUGGGAUGAAUAACGAUGGAGAAGCCAAAAUCAUCUCAGAAUUAUGUCAGCGAUUCAUUGAGAGUGGAGUGAAACCAAAUGAAAUUGGAGUGAUGUCUGCAUAUAGAAAACAAGUUGAUCACAUUCGCAAUGUUGUUAAAAACGAAGAUCUUGAGGUGAAUAAUGGGAAGAGUAUUAUAUAUACUAGAACAUUGUUCUUUCAGGUGAAUACCAUCGAUUCCUACCAGGGACGCGAGAAACGAGUCAUCAUUUGGUCGUUGACAUGGACUGAUAAUUCUGAUAAGAAAAGCGAGCUUCUUCGAGACGAGCGACGCAUCAACGUUGCACUCACUCGAGCUCGUCAAAAACUGGUCGUCGUGGGAUGUAAGAAAAGCGCCGAGUCGAUUCCAGUUCUUUACAGAUUCUCACAACUUCUCACAAAUCAUCUCACUGUUCCUCACUGA